UAAUAAAGAUAUUGAAAUAAUCUUGUUAUGCUUUUAUUAUAUACUCGUCCAUAGAAUAUAGUUAAUAUCUUUUAAAUUUUUUCUUAUAAACAAAGUAAGAUGUUUUUACAAUAAGUGGAAAUAAUAAUCACAGGACUGAAAUUGUAAGGAUUUUACUAUGUACAUAACCUCGGUGAAGUUAUUUACAUUUUACUAAAGAGACAAAUUAGUAUUGUUGUUUUAAAUGGAAUAACGUAUAAAGAAACAUGUUCGUUUCACAUGAUAAGAAUCCUAGUAAAAAGAAAUUUCAGAAACCAAAUAUCCUUAGAAGAAAAGCAAUAGUUAAUAAGACUUCACUAGUGAAGAAUAAAAAAGCAAAUGACUAUGGAUCAUCAUCUGUAAAGUCAUUACUGAAUACAUCAUUUGAGCUGGACCCAAAGGAUAAGGAAAUAGAAUUAGAAAAUGUAUCAAGAUAUCAAAAUAAUUGUACAGUUAGCGGACCAGUGAGAUUGAAAACUGAUAAUUCGGCUCAUUUAAACAAUACUGUAGGAGAGACAUCUCUACAAAAUAAUGUAACAUUAAAUGUUAAUGAUGAUGAAGUACCCUUAACACAGUCUAUCAAUGUGGAAUCAUUUCUAUUAAGUGAUGUAGUGAAACAGAAUUUUCCUUUAUUUAAUGCGAAUAUAUUUCAGAACAAGGAUGGUAACCAGCAACAAAAAUGGUGUUUAGAUAUCAACCGGGAAUCACAGAAAAUUGUGAUUGAACAUUUUGAUAGUUCCCAAAUGAGCGGUCUCUACCAAGAACAGAAAUCAGAUGUGAUGAGUAUGAUGGUGCCAUUGUCAGCUGUGUCCAGUAUACAAGAGCCGCAAGUAGUUUAUAAUACAACGACUGCUCCUACAAAUGUACAACAGAUCUCUAUAGAGGAGUUGACUCAAGCACCUAUUAGAUUUAAGUGUGAUGUAUCAGAUUGUAGUAAAGAGUUUAUGAGCGAACAGAAAUUAAAUAAACACAAGAACACACACAACAAAGAUGGCGCCAAAGUUCCGAGACAGAUCACUGUGGGUUGUCCCGUUAAGAAGAUACAAGAUGGCGGCGUAGAAGAAGCUUGUGGCAGAAUAUUCCAUGUUAGAGAGGAUCUCAUUAAGCAUUUAAAUGAAGAGCAUACUAUUGAAGAAGCUGUACACAGAUGUCCGGAGUGCGGUCGUCGUUUCUUCUGGGCGUCGGGUCUCCGUGCGCAUGUGCGCGCUCACUCCGUCCGCGCCGGUCGCGCUGUGCUCGCGUGUCCGUGGCCGGGCUGCACGCGUGUCUUCAGACAACCCUGCCGGUUGAGGGAACACGCGCGCGCUCACACCGGGGACAAGCCGUACCCUUGUGACUACCCGAACUGCGGCUGGUCGUUCCGUACGGCCAGUAAAUUAGUCCGUCACGCUCGUAGACACACGGGCGAGCGUCGCCACGUGUGCGGGGCGUGCGGGAGAGCGUUCCUCAGGCGGGAACACCUGCGGGACCACGCGGCCAGGCAUCACGCGCCGCAAGCGAGACGGACACACGCCUGUCCGCACGCCGAUUGCCAGCAAAGCUUUACAAACAUGAGCUCGCUGUAUAUUCACAUGAAGAAGGUGCACAAGAAGGAUGAGAGUGAAACACCACAAGUUGUCCAAACUGUUGAAAACGAGGAAACACAGAAUGUAGAGACGGAAAACCUGUUUAUGGUGAGUCUGUUGGAGCCGAGUGAAACCAACAGUACGGAGGAACAGGUCCCUGUAGAGGAAGGACAUUCAGCUCGCACUCACUGCACCUGGCCUCUACCACCACGCACUGAAUACAAUGAUGCUUAUGUACUGGAAGAUGUUCAGGUGGAGCAAUCAGAAGCUUCGGAGAGUAACAUCUACACAGUGAGAAGUGAUCUCUUCCUGCAUGGAAAUCUACUUCACAACGAAGACAGCGAACAGAUGUCGACAUGCGUGCACGUGUCAGAGUGUCAGGGCGAGGGCGACGGGGGGGAGAGAGCCGCGGAUGGACUUUCCUUGGACGCUGAUCUACUGUUAGACGCACCAUCCGUUCAUCUUGAUCAGGAGGAGCUGUACACUGACGCGGUCGACGAGUCUCCUUUUCGAGUGUUUUUCCUCAGCGGCGAGGAGCUGGUUUAAGAUUACGUGGAAUAUAAUUUAUAUCACUCUGAGUGAUAAUUUAUCGUGCAAGUCAUCUUGUCUGAGACCAGCUACUUACAACAUCGUAUGUAGCGUAACGUUUUAUGCUUUAGUUUAUUUCGGAAGUUUCCAUGUUGCCUGUACUGGUAUGUUUUAGGAUAUUUGAUAAAUUUCUAUAUGUCAAAGUUAAUUUGUUGUUCUAGUAGAGAUUGGAAAUCACAUUUCAAAAUUAUUAUCAUAGAUGAUUUUAUUAUUCUUACGAUACUCAAUUAUAUUUUAAUAUUAUUUAGAUGAAUUGUAUCUCGUCUGCUGAAAGCGACCUCUUGCGGCUUUAACUGGCACUGUUUUGUUCCAGUAAAGUUAGUUUGUAGCUAGUAUUUAGUUUAUUAUUAAAAAAUAAUGCCAAAUUUUUUGCGCAAAACGAUCUUAAUAUUAUAUAAAAUUUACAAUUAGAUUAAAUUGGUUUAGGUUUUAGUCUAACAAUUGUUACUUCAGGCUUUAUUUUUCUUAAUGUAUCGUAGUUGUUAAUAAUUUUUGCCUUCUUAAGCUGUGUAGCUGUUUUAAACGGUUGUUAGAAAUUUUAUUCCUGCAAUAUAUUUGUUUUAGAUUAAACAAACAACGGUACAAAUGUCUGUGCAUAUACAAAAUUUAUGAAUUAACGAAUUUAUGGUGCAAUAACAUUAGCUUUUGGUUAUUUAUUUAAUGGUAAAAUUUUUACAGUUCUUGCGUUUUAAUUAUUUAUACUUAAUAAGAUAUAAAACAUCACAACUAAAGUGUCUAUGUAUAUGAUUUUUUUUUUAAUUAACGUAUUUAGGCUAAAAGUCGUUAAAGAUUUAAAAAAAUCACAAUAAUAAUUUAUGUAGGUUUUAAUACAUACAUACAUACAUACAUACAGACAUAAUUACAAUAAUAAGCGCAAAUUAUUUGUUAUACAAAAACCGGCACACUUAAUUAAUUUCUAUACCAACUAAUUAAGUUUUGUCACAUUUUAUUUUAAUAGCUGAAUUAAAAUGGUAUACAUUAAAUAAAUAAACAAUAUAUGCUUCACUAACUUAGGACGACCGUUGCCUUUUUAAAUUAAUAUAAUUAAAAAAAAAAAACUCCAUCACUUAUUCUAACUGUACUUAUUGCUUGAUAGCGUUUUUAUUAAAUAUAUUUUUUAAGAGGACUACACUUCUUGUUUGAGGAAGCCAAGAGUAUAUGAUCUCGAGAUGCCUUCUAAAUUAUAUAAUAUAUUGUUCUUAUAUAUGUGAUAACGAUUUUGAUAUUUGUACAAUAUGUUGAUAUAAGUUAUAUUUUAGAGGUAAAAGUAGGCUCAGAACGAAUUUGGAUCGUUUUUUUUUUUUGACGUGUCAAACCCAUUUACGCGGGAAAGCCGCCAUCUUUUUAAACAUAGCAUUUUUACGUCAAAUUACACGUUCGACUUAUUCUGUCCUUUGAUCGCGAAUUCUUAUAUUAAAUUAAGAUAACAUAUUAGUUUUUUAUAACUGAGAGCAUAUCUUUCGUAGUACGGGGGCGUCACAGUCAAUAUAGUCACGAAACGUCCGCAAUCCGAUCGAUGCCUGUCUAUUGUAUGUGUAGUUACUUGGUUAGUUUUUAAUUAUAUUGUAAAUAAGAAAAUAUAUUUUUGGAUACACUGUGGUGAGAUGCAUAUUUUUUGAGACUGUUAUCCAAAAUCAUUUUUUUUUUGUUAAAAAUAUUAUCUAAAGUUAUGUUGAGCUCUUUAUUUGAUGUUGUAAAAAAUUUUUUAUUCAUUCCGUCAUGGUAAUUUUUUAUUACUAAUAUUUGAAAGAAAAAGUGGGAUAAAAAAAAAAUAUAUAUUUUUUUUUAAUACAUCGAUGCGAUGAAUAGUAUUUGCGGCGAUAUUUGAUAUAAAAAAAAAAUGUCAAAUAAGGAGCUGCAAAAUGAAAUUCUAAAUUAUAUUUAUUGAUAAGUUUUAUUUAAGUUGUUGCUAUAUAUAUAUAUAUAUAUAAUUUUUUUUUAUUUUAUGUAAUUUGUAUAACGUUAUACAACACCCGCACGGUAUGAGUACAGCGCUAAGUCAAUAUUAAAAUUAAUCACAUAUCAUAUUUAGUUUUGUUAUUAAUUAUAUUUCAAUUGGUUGCUUUGUGUUUAUUAAAAUUUUGCUUUAUUAUAGUAAUAAAUGUUUUGUAUA